AUGGAUUUUUCAUUUUGGAUUGUAUCUCUAAUUUUAUCGUCUUUAGCAUCUCCGGCUUUCUGCGCCACCCCUCCGAGGCCCGUAGAUGUACCGUUUGGUCGAAACUACGCGCCAACCUGGGCUUUUGAUCAUAUCAAAUAUUUUAAUGGAGGUUCUGAGAUUCAACUUCUUCUUGAUAAGUACACUGGUACUGGUUUUCAAUCAAAAGGUUCAUACUUAUUUGGUCAUUUCAGUAUGAAUAUUAAGAUGGUUCCUGGUGAUUCUGCUGGAACAGUUACUGCUUUCUAUUUAUCUUCUCAAAAUGCGGAGCAUGAUGAAAUAGACUUUGAAUUCUUGGGAAAUAGAACAGGAAAACCUUAUAUUUUACAAACAAAUGUGUUCACUGGUGGACAAGGUGAUAGAGAACAAAGAAUCUUUCUCUGGUUUGAUCCUACGAAAGCCUAUCACAGAUACUCCGUUUUAUGGAACAUGUAUCAGAUUGUUUUCUAUGUGGAUGAUGUUCCAAUAAGAGUGUUCAAGAACAGCAGAGAUUUAGGAGUGAAAUUCCCAUUUGAUCAACCAAUGAAGAUAUACAACAGUUUAUGGAACGCAGAUGAUUGGGCAACAAGAGGUGGAUUAGAGAAAACAGAUUGGUCAAAAGCACCAUUCAUAGCAGGUUACAAAAGUUUCCACAUAGAUGGAUGUGAAGCUUCUGUUAAUGCAAAAUUCUGUGGAACACAAGGUAAGAGAUGGUGGGAUCAAGUUGAGUUUCGUGAUCUUGAUGCUGCGCAAUGGCGAAGAAUAAAAUGGGUGCGGAAGAAAUUCACAAUUUACAAUUAUUGCAGUGAUAGAAAACGUUUCCCUCAGAUACCUGCUGAAUGUAGAAGAAACCGUGACAUUUAA